AGAAGUUCAGAGCAGUGCAAUCCACUUGAAGAAACCACUUCUAAUAAUCUCACAUCUAACUCCAGCAGACUGAAUAUGUCUCAUGGCAAUAUGAAUAUUCCCAGGAAAGAUGAUAUGGACAGAGAAGAUGAAGAAGAGAUGAAUAUCUAUGCUAAUGUGGAUCCUAUAAACGGUUCUGAUGUCAGGACAGAAACGGAGAACUCCCAAACACCUCAACACACAGGAAGUGAUACUGUGAGGAACCGAAGCUCCAGAGCAGCUCUCGUGUGUUUGGUUCUGCUGUGUUUGGUUCUGCUGACUGCGGUCAUAGUGCUGUGUGUCCACAUCAAGACAAAGAGCACUAACUACCCUGAAGAGACACACCAGCUACUAACCAGGAACACCAACCUCACAGAAGAGAGAGAUGAGCUACUUACCAGGAACACCAACCUCACAGAAGAGAGGGAUGAGCUACUUACCAGGAACACCAACCUCACAGAAGAGAGGGAUGAGCUACUUACCAGGAACACCAACCUCACAGAAGAGAGGGAUGAGCUACUUACCAGGAACACCAACCUCACAGAAGAGAGGGAUGAGCUACUUACCAGGAAAACCAACCUCACAGAAGAGAGGGAUGAGCUACUUACCAGGAACAUGCAAUUGACAAAAGAGAGAGAUGGAUUAUCAUCAAGUAAACUUGACCUGAUUAAACACAGAGACCAGUUAAAUAAGGAGAAAAAUUACCUGUCAGAAAGUCUUCGUGAAAAGGAUGGAUGGAUUUACUAUAAAUCCAGUCUUUACUUCCUUUCCUCUGAGAAGAAGAGCUGGACUGAGAGCAGAAGAUACUGUACAGAGAGAGGAGCUGAUCUGAUCAUCAUAAACAACAGAGAAGAACUAGAUUUUGUUAAGAAAAAACAUCGUGAUGUUAAUGUCUGGAUUGGUCUGUCUGACCGUGAUGUGGAGGGCAGGUGGAAAUGGGUUGAUGGAAGCACACUGAACUCUGGGUUCUGGGCGUCUGGAGAGCCAAAUGGUGGAAAUCAUGAAGAUUGUGCUCUAAAUUAUAAUCCAGGAUUUGCUGAUUAUCCAUGUAAUGAUGCUUUUAAAUGGAUCUGUGAGGACGUCAUUUUAAAAUAAGUCAAUUCAUGAACCUCAGGUUUAGGUAAAAAAAUACAUCAAGGUGUUUCCUAGUUCAGUAUGUCAGUCCAUUCAACUGAUGAUGAAAGAAAUGUGGAACAUGGGCGUUUCUUAAAAAUAUUUUAUUAAAUCUAUUUGUUAUAUGAAGUCACAUUAAAAAAUAGCAACUUUUUGAAAUGCCUUUUGAUGAUCUCCAGCCUUUACAGUAUUGUUUU